AGAGGCCAGGCUCCACCCAGGGCUGGGACUGGGCUCCUGGGCUGCGCUGGCUCGGACCCCCGGCUCUCAGUCUCUGUCUGGGGCACAGCCAGCAGGCCGGCCAGUCCCCAGGACAGGAAUUCCCAUCAGCGUUCUGCGGGCAGGAGCCCGUUUGGGCAGGGGACCCGGGAGAGCACUGCGUCCGGCCCCACGGGUCCGCCCACGGCUGUGCUUCCUGCUCUGGGGCCAGUGUCCCGCCCACCCUGCCCGUUGCCCAGGGCUGUGCCCAGGGCCGCAAGGCUUAUCUCUGCACCAGGAACCAGCUCCGCCUACAGUUCCACUUUCAUUUUCGCUUUCCCGGUGAGGACAGAGGGGCCGGGAAGCGGUGCCCAGCAGGUUCUGGCGCUGCCCAGCCUCAGCGCCUGCUGCACGGAGUCUAUAAUUACUUCAAAAGUAGCGGGCCCCGCUGGGCACAGGCCUCUCCUGGCAGCUGUGGCCGGGGCGGCUGCUGUCGGCUGACCUCAGGAUGGGUGUCCCCGACACCUCCAAGCCCCUGGAUGAGGAGCGAUACUCCCGGCAGCUUCACGUUCUGGGCUUGGGGGCCAUGCAGAGCCUCCAGGAGUGGCCGGGCCCUGCUGUCCGCUCCUGCAGGUCCUGGUGCGCCGAGGUGGCCCAGAACCUGGUCCUGUUGGGCGUGGCCGCCCUCACACCUGCCGACCCGCAGCCCACCUGCUGGGCGGACCUGGCGGCCCAGUAUCUUCAUCUCGACGCAGGACUUGGGACAGGGGAAGGGCGGAGGACAUCGUCGGAUCGAGUGGCCAAGCUCAACGGGGCGGUCCAAGUCUGCGCGCACACGGGCGGCCUCACCGAGCAGCUGGUGCGGGACUUCCAGGUGGUGGUGCUGAGGCCCUCGGAACUGGAGGAGCAGCUGGCGGGUGGGCAGCUGGUGACAACAAGCACCGGGUCCCGCUUCCUGGUGGCCGACACCCGGGGCCUGGUGGGGUGAAUUGUCUCCUACUGCGACUUCGGUGAGGACUUCACGGUUCUGGACCGAACGAGGAGCCCACUGACCGCUGCGCAGGCCCCGGCCUCUGAGCCGCCCGCCCCCCAGGGCUCCCCGGGCGUCCUCACGCUGAGGACCGCAGCCGAGGCCGGCUACUUCCGCGAGGUGGACGCCGUCACCUUCUCCGGGAUCGAGGGCAUGAGCGAGCUCAACGGCUGUGCUCCCCAGCCCGUCCGCCUGCGGGAGGACGGGACCCUGGAGAUCGGGGACACUGCGGCCUUCUCCGCGUACGUCCGCGGCGGUGCUGUCACCGGGGUCCCGAGGCCCGCGACCGUGAGCCACGCGCCCCUGGACGCAGCCCUGCUGCAGCCCCGAGUGGUGGCCCAGGGUCCGCAGGAGGCUCGCCGCGCCCGCUGCCUGCACCAGGCCUUCCGCGCGCUGCACGGCUUCCAGCAGCUCCGAGCCCGCCGGCCCCGGCCCUGGGACCCGGCGGACGCGGAGGAGGUGGUGCGCCUGGCCCGGGCGCUGGAGCCCCUGCGGGGUGCGGAGGGCGCCGGGGAGCCGCUGGACGAGCCGCUGGACGAGGCGCUGGUGCGGACGGUCGCCCUGAGCAGUGCAGGGGUCCUGAGCCCCAUGGCAGCCGUGCUGGGCGCCGUGGCCGCCCAGGAGGUGCUGAAGGCGCUCUCCGGGAAGUUCCUGCCCCUGGACCAGUGGCUGUACUUCGAGGCCCUCGACUGCCUCCCGGAAGAGGGGGCGCUGCUUCCCGACCCCGAGGCCUGCGCCCCGAGAGGCGGCCGCUACGACGGGCAGAUCGCCGUGCUCGGCGGCUUCCAGGAGCAGCUGAGCCGCCAGCGCUACCUCCUGGUGGGCGCCGGUGCCAUCGGCUGCGAGCUGCUCAAGGGCUUCGCCCUCGUGGGCCUGGGGGCCGGGGGCAGCGGCGGCGUCACCGUGGCCGACAUGGACCACGUGCAGCUCAACCUCAGCCGGCAGCUCCUCUUCGGGGCCCAGGACGUGGAGGCCCAGGCAGAGGCCGCAGCCGAGAGGACGCCAGCCGCCCUGAACCCAGACCUGCAGGUGACCCCGCUCCCCCGGCCAGUGGACCCCACGACGGAGCCCUCCUGUGGAGACCGCUUCUUCUCCGGGCCUAGCCGGCGUGGCGGCCCGACCUGGACAGCUUCCUCCCCUCCCCCCCGCCGCUACGUGGCUGCCCGCUGCGCCCACUACCUGAAGCCGCUGCUGGAGGCGGGCACGCAGGGUGCCCGGGGCAGUGCCUCGGUGUUUGUGCCCCACGUGACCGAAGGCUACCCGCCCGCGGCCUCCGAGGGCCCCGGGGACGCCCCCCACCCGGUCUGCACCCUGAGGCACUUCCCCAGCACAACGGGGCACACCCUGCAGUGGGCCCGGGACGAGUUCGAGGGCCUCUUCUGCCGGGCCGCCCAGACCAUCAACGGCCGCCAGCGGGCCCCGGCCUCGCCGGCAGGCCCCGGCCCCACGGGGACAGGGGAGCCGGCCCUGGCGAGGACGGUGGGCGUCCUGGACCGGCGGCCGCAGAGCUGGCGGGACUGCGUGGCCUGGGCCCGCGGCCACUGGCAGCUGAGCUUCGGGCACGGCGUGGCGCGGCUGCUCGGGCGCCACCCCCCGGGCGAGGUGCUCCCGGACGGAACGCGCUUCUGGUCGGGACCCAGACUCUGUCCUCGGCCCCUGGAGUUUGAUGCCAGCCAAGACACCCACCUCCUGUACGUGCUGGCGGCCGCCAACCUGUGCGCGCGGAUGCACGGGCUGCCCGGCUCCCGGGACCUGCCCAAGCUCCGGGACCUGCUGGAGCUGCUACCGCCGCCCGACCCCCGGCGCCUGGACGCCGUCCUGUCCGGCAGCCUGGCUUCCCCCGAGCUGGGCCCUGGGCAGGACUGGCUGCGCGAAGCCCUGCAGGACUGGAGCCGAGGCCCCCCGCUGGAGCCGCUGCGGUUUGAGAAGGACGACGACAGCAACUUCCACGUGGACUUCGUGACGGCGGCGGCCAGCCUGCGGGCCCAGAACUACGGGAUCCCGGCCGCCACCCGCUCCCAGAGCAAGCGGAUCGUGGGCCAGAUCAUCCCGGCCAUCGCCACCACCACCGCGGCCGUGGCCGGCCUGCUGGGCCUGGAGCUCUUCAAGCUGGUGGGCGGCCCCCGGCCCCGCAGCGCCUUCCGCCACAGCUACCUGCUCCUGGCCUGGAACUGCUACAGCCGCUCCGUGCCCCGCGCCCCCGCCGUCCACACGUUCCACCGCCUGACCUGGACCUGCUGGGACCGCCUGACGGUGCCCGCUGGGCAGCCCGAGAGGACCCUGCAGUCGCUCCUGGCCCAUCUCCAGGAGCAGCACGGGUUGCGGGUGACCAUGCUGCUGCUGGGCAGGGCCCUGCUCUACUCGGUGGGGUGGCCGCCUGAGAAGCAGGCCCAGCGCCUGGGCCUCAGGGUGACGGAGCUGGCCCAGCAGGUGACCAGACGGCAGGUGCCCCAGCCCGGGCAGCGGGUGCUGGCCCUGGAGCUCAGCUGUGAGGGCGAGGAGGACGACACGGUGUUCCCGCCCCUGCACUACGAGCUGGCGCCGGGCAGCAGCUGCCCCACGCCCCCGGGCUCUGCGGGCCCACAGUAGACGCUCAGUAACAGCCCGGGCCCACAGGGGGCGCUCAGUAACAGCCUGGGCCCACAGGGGGCGCUCAGUAACAGACCCCGGGCCCACAGGGGGCGCUCAGUAACAGACCCCGGGCCCACAGGGGGCGCUCAGUAACAGCCCGGGCCCACAGGGGGCGCUCAGUAACAGCCCGGGCCCACAGGGGGCGCUCAAUAAACGCUGCUGCAUUACGUCGCA